AUGCAACAUCGAAGACCUGAUGCAUCUUCGAACGCUAGAACCCAGCUUCCACCUUUAGCACCUAGAGGUCAGCAGUCCGUUCCUGCUACUUCUGCUAAUGCAGAUACUGAGUCUGCCGGGCCGGCUGCUGGUAAUAUCAUAUUCCGUUCCAAUCACAAGAGACUUGAACAAUUACUGAUUCGAUGGUCGAAAAGGACAUGCAGAAAACGAAAGGUCAAAUGUGAUGAGGUCCAUCCACGAUGCGGUCCAUGCACGCGUUUGAAUAAGGAAUGCGACUGGGAGUUCCGCUGGAAGUUCGACGAUGUCACACAGAACACACGACACAAGUACUCAAACGUGUCAACAGCCGGCAAUGCCGUCUGGGAUCCGCAAGCACCACGCCUAGAUCGUUCCAGCUUGGGUAAUCGGAGAUCACAGUCACCUACUCACGACAACCUUCCUUCUUUCUCCGAGCUUACAAAUGAUGAGGAUCGUGAGAGAAAGGCCGAGUUUCAAGUACCUGGUACUUUCAACGUCGUCGUCAACCCCGAAAGUUUUGCGAGUCUUCCGGAGUAUGGACCACUUCCUGGAGCACGAUCAAGGAGGGCCAGUAUCCACUCGGGUCGGAACAGUUGGGACAGUCAGAUGUCCAUGGAAGCCUUGAGGCACCGGCCAAAGAUCAAUUUUCCUAGCGGCGAUCCCAACAUCGUGGUGCUCGCCAAAUUUGAGGAUGCGCCUUUGUCACUCCCAAGUCUGGCAUCCUUUCCUGUGGACAGGAGAACCAGCCUGCCAGAAAAUCUGCACUCGUUGAGCAUCUCUGGCGGCUUGCGAGGUUCAAGUCUACCUUCUGGACGGCGAAACGACUCGGUCACCCAGGGACUCCGAGACGAGAGGCUUAUGGUCCAUUAUCGCGGCUUUAUCUCAAAGCGCAUCUUUCCCAUUGGAAAGACCUUGCUUGUAGACCGACCAUCACAGGAGGAUCCUAUUGUUGCCGAAGCCAGAGACUUUCCUCCGCUCUACCAUGCUAUAUGCGCAGUCUCUCUGCUCAGCCUGGCACUCAAGGGCCAGCAACAGCUGUUGACAGAAGCCUUCCAGCACUACCAUCAAGCUAUAUCCUCCAGCUUAUCUUCACCUUCCGACCUACACUCCGACCGCCUCCUAUAUCUACAUUUCUUAUUACUGAUCUACGAUAUCAGCUAUGCCACACAAGGCUCGAGCAACACCCAAGAGGUGUUCAACAUGAGUAUGUGGGAACACCACAUCCAACAUCUAAUCAGGAUAGCCCAACACCGCAAAGGGCAAUCAAAUGGAAUACUACAAGCCUACCUGCUCUGGUAUGUGCUAUACCUGGACAAACAAGCCUGUUUGUCAGGAAACGGCAACGGAGACUUCGUUCGCGCCUUCCUCACAAACGAUUUGACGAUGCCGGAUUGGAAUCGCAUCUUUGGAGGCUUCGAUAUUGUGCAACCGGGUGAUGGCUAUCGCGGCGAGGAUACGAGUGCCCACACUGACGUCUUUACCUUUGCCCAUCACAUGUGCAUCCAAGGCGCCAAACUAUGCCAACUAUCCCUGAAGAUCCGCGCCGAAGCCGCAGUGCAAGAUCUAAAUGGACCGCAAGGCAGUCAGAUCCUGGCUGCGCGCAUCCAACUGGUUGCGCAGUACCAGAGUGAGCUCUACGCCACAUGGAACCGCUACUGCCCAUCAUACCUCUUCCAGCCAAACUCCGAGUACGCGACCGGCAGACUUCCUGCUAUUGCUAGGAUAUUCCUAGACUUUGCACAACUACAAUUCAGCACUUGGGUAAUUUACUCGAGCAGCUCCCUCUACCCAACGCAGUCCUUCCACCUAACACCCUCCCAACGCUCUGAAACCCGCCUCCACAGUCUUAAAAUCCUCUCCAUGGCCGACGCGGCAGUAACACUCCAAAAUUACGAUCACCAUCAACUCGUUUUCCCAAUUUUUGUAGCUGGUUUCGCAAGCCCGGAUAUGGAGACAAAAGCCCGUGCGAUUGCUUCGAUGAGAGUCAUGGAAGGCACGGGGAUCUCAAGGAACGCAACGAGGAGUAGAGAAUUGCUGGGUAUGGUCUAUGAUGAGCAGAGGGAGAGGAUAUUGGCUGGAGGUAGACCGGAAGAGGUGGAUUGGAUCGACAUGGCAAAGGCAAAAGGCAUGGGUGUCGUCAACUUUGGUCUCUGAUGAACUCAUCCAUGCAUGCGCGUCAGAGGCGAGAUGGAUUAUCCCAGUACCUCGCAUAUCAAUCCACUGGUCCUCCUUGUUUACCGUGGACUCAAAAAAUGGGGCAUAUAUCAAAGAC